AUGUCAGAUCUAUCAGAUAAUGAUAAAUCCGAGCCAACUUCGGAUCAAUGCAUGGAAGCUAAUGCCAUCAAACUCCAAAAAGUUCAAGCAAUACAAGAUGGUGUUAUCAUCAAUAAAAAAGUAGGAAUAAAAAGCUAUGACUUUUAUCAAAAAGAAAUUCUCAACCUUCAAUAUAUUUUAAAUGAUAAAACCAAAUGUGAAUCCAUUGAGGAGUUACAAGAAUUCUUAAACGAAGUAGAAGAAAAAUUCCAUGAAGCUAUAGCUAAUAGAAAAAAUUUAAUGAAAAAAUUAAGUACAGUAAGGGAAGAAUUAUUGUACGCAAAAUUUGAACUACGUCAUUUAGGAGUAGUUUGGGAUGGAAUAAAACCAGUCAAUAUAUUGAAACUCGCCAGAGAUCAAUAUCCAAAAUCUAUGUAA